AUGAAAUCCGAUUGUUCAUGUCGUUUAUUGACCUCACUUUAUUUAAUCAUCGUUUUACUUUACAAUUUCCUCAAUGGUGAAUACAUCUGUGAACAUCCUGAAGUAGAGAAGUACAACAAAGUCAUUUAUGAAAACACUUCAUAUCGUGAUUCUCUUCAUUAUAAUUAUUUACAAAGAAUAAGACUUAAUCAACCUCAUCCAGUUGUGGAUGGCGGUUUCACCAAAACUAAUCUUUCUGAUCUUGAAAAAGUUGAACAGAAAUUCCCAUUUAAAUAUUAUGAUAGUCUAAUCAAACAUUUUAAUAUUCAUUCUAAUGGUUUAAUAAGUGUAUUCAAAGAUCGGUACUUUGGAUUGAUUGCAAAUUAUUUAUCAGACACUCCACCUUUUGAAUUCGAAGUUUUGGAUACGAAGGACUUAUUCGCAAUCAAAAUGUCUUUUAAGAUAACAGUUAAUAGUAAAAGUUUUACAAGCAAGACAACUUAUCUGAUAUAUCCAAAUGGGAGGAUAUCAUUUUAUUAUGAGAACAUUCCUACAAAAUUUGACGAAACUAAAUGGAAAUCGAAAAUGGCUGCUAUAUUUCAAUGUGAAAAACGUCAUAUAGAACAUGAAAUCCUUGUUCCUGUUGAAUGGAUCAAAAGUGGCACGUUAGUGGAUUUUGAAGCCGUCGGGAAUAUUUGUCCAAAAAACGAAACGAAAAAAGCAUGCGAAAAAGCAAAACCGUCGGAUAUAGCAUGUAUUUGGUGUGAAAGAAUUAACAUAUGCAUAGAUAGUAAUGAUAAGGAAACUCAUAACAUGAAAGUAAAUGAUUGCCGUAUUCCGACUUUAAUAACCAAAGUAGUGAAAGUGGAAAAACAGAAGAAAUCGGAUUUAUGCUUAUAUAUAUUGAUACCUUUAGGUGUCUCUUUCAUUAUUCUAUGCAUUGGUUGUAUUAUUGGUAUAUGGUUAUAUAAAAAAUGUAAACGUCCUUUAUGA